UACUAAACGUUAUUUCUAUGUAUUUUUAUUCUGUGUUGUGGAAAUGAACAUUGUCAUUUGUUAUUUAAACGCAAGAAAGCUCACUUUUUUUCUUAGUUUCCAGCUCGUUGCGGUUCUCCGACUCAUCGUCAGUAACAGUCUACACAAUCGUGCUGUUUUUAUUAACGCCUGCCUUUUGCUGAAACUCAAAUUAAAUUGAACUGUUGUGUAGACAAUCUCUACAAUGAUAAACUAUAUUCUUGGUGUUUUCAACCUUCUCACUGCUUGUGGAUCUCGAUCACGUUAGCAUGUCAGAUCUGUCAAUCAACAGCUCAACAUACCUGGGCCUGCUGUUUAAGACCUACUGAGGUAUUUCCAUUGGCCAUAUUCCUCACGGCAGGUCUGUACCUGGGCAGGUGAGAUGGCUUGUGCAAAAGUGCCUUUAGAUGAACUGCAUGUGACCGAGCCCAUCGGAGCACAAGGCCAAGAACGCACCCUACCAGCACUACACCCUGACCGUAAAGAAGAGAGAUGUUUCUUAAGCUAUAAACCUCCACCUGAGGACGGCACACCGGCACUGACGGAGGAGUUUCUGGAGCAUGCUCAGUUCAUCUCCGAGGAUCUGGACUGGCUGCUGGCUUUACCUCAUGACAAAUUCUGGUGUCAGGUGGUAUUUGACGAGUCACUACAGAGGUGUUUGGACUCUUAUUUGAGACACGCUCCACGUGGUUUGGACCCAUCCGGUCUCUCGUCUAGUCCAGCUGUGGCCGACAUGCAGAGGAACAUUCAUCGCUCCGUGUUCAUGGUCUUCCUCAGGAUGGCUACGCACAAAGAGUCUAAGGAGCACUUUAUAACCCCUGAAGUGUUUGCAGAGAUCAUCUACAACAACUACCUAUUUGACAUUCCCAAAAUUCUGGAUGUGUGUGUGCUGUUUGGGAAAGGGAAUUCCCAACUGCUACAUAAAAUGAUUGAGAACAUUUUUACUCAACAGCCCAGUUAUUAUGGAGACCUAAAUGAGACGAUACCUUCAAUCAUCCAGGUGUUUGAUACAAUAUUACAGAUGUGUGGUAUUCAGUCAGAGGACACAGGAACCGGUCAACCCCUCAAACUCAAUGCAAACAAACGCCAUACUACCAUGACCAUGCCAGAGGAGGAGCUUGCAGAUUUAGUGCUGUACAUGUGUGAUACUUGCACUACUAUCCACUCUUUCCUGGACAUCUUCCCUGAAGCUUGUACUACCUUCAAAGAACACAACUUUCUUAACAGACUAUCGUCUUUCUACGAGAUGGCAGUUCCAGACCUGGAGAAAGCAGUGAAGAAGAGAAAUUUCGAUAAAAGUUUCCAGGAGGACAUGUGGAGACGAAUAUCCCAUUCGAGAAAGAAAAUGGUAGAGAUCGCUCACCUGCUGCUCCAGCACACGUGUUUACAGCCCAUACUGGAGGGCACUGAAAGCAUGGCUUCCUGUGUAGAUGAUCUUCUACAGAACUUCACCGCUUUCCUUCCAGAGAAAAGAUUCCUGGCAGAUUAUGAUGAACAGUUCUCUAUAGCAGACGACAUCAGUCUCCUUCAGCAGGCCUUCCCUCAUUUAGACGACACCAGGACGUCUUACCUUUUGCAGGGCGUAGAGUCUGCUUGGGAGUGUGUGGGGAAACAGAGGAGCUUCCCCUCAUCAGCCAAUCACAGCGCAGGAGCCAAAAGCAUGACUGGGAGAGAUUUAGCAGCUUCCCAGAAAGAAGGAGCAGGAGUGCUGGGAGACAGAGAGGAGUUGAGAGGAGCGGAAGCUAUGACUGAUGUUCCCCGUAAGGGUGACAACGGGGCAGUGUGCACAGUGAGUGCUGGAGAACUGGAGUCUCUGCUGACACAUAUCCGAGAUCUGCUUCCUGACUUGGGAGAGGGAUUCAUACUGGCAUGUUUGGAGGAGUAUGGCUACAAUUCUGAACUUGUCAUUAACAAUGUCCUGGAAGAUAAACUGCCUCCUUCUAUUGACAAACUGGACAGGGCAAUGGCAAGACCGGCAAAGAAAGAGCUUCCCUCAGUUUUGAGCACUAGAUCCAACGCGUUUGACGAUGACGAGUUCGACGUGUUCAACCGUGAGCGACUGGACAUGAGUCGCAUUUGGAAAGGCCGGAGAGAGAGGGAGAGUGUGCGAGCCACGCUAGAAGACAAGCAGCACAUAGAAGAGCAGAGAGCGAGAUAUCAAGCCUACCAGACAGUGGUGGAUGAGAUUCCCGUAGAAAAUGACCCUCUCAGAGACCGUGAUGAUGCUUUUGGCACGUAUGAUUAUGAUGACGAAUAUGACGACACGUAUGAUGUCAACCAAAUAGGAGCCAAUGAUCUGGAUGAAGAGGAUGAACUAUUGAACCGCAGGCCGUUUACUAUCCCACAAGUUCUCAGAAGAGGCAAACAGGCGCGGGAGGAUGUAGCAGACGAGGAGGAGGAAGAGGACGAGAAUGAGACUGUGAAGAAGGAUCAGUUCGUCCAGGACCCAGCAGUCCUCCGAGAGAGAGCUGAGGCCAGGAGAGCUGCCAUGCAAAGCAGGAAAGGCUACAGACCACCACCAGCGAGUCACGUGGAAGGUGGACCGAGGGGACGGGGCCAGACGCAGGACACCGUUUUGGACCGCCGCAGAAAAGAAGCGAAUAAGAGCAGAGGAGCCAAUCACAAUCGCAGAACGAUGGCUGACAGGAAGAGGAACAAGGGCAUGAUCCCUUCCUAAGACUUUUACUUGUACAACAGCGCAUUGCAGAGUUCUUGGAGAGCUAAAAGCAAAAACAGUACCUGAGGUUAAAUGUAGCGCCUCGUUUACAAAAGAUCGAUACGACACUGUGGUCUAUUACAUAAACCUGUCUUUCUUUAAGAAUAAAAAUGAGUUUAUAUUCUGAAGUAUGAA